AUUUUUUCGCAGUGCACGUUCAGAUAAUUUUGAAAAGCGAACUUUUUUCAAUUCUUAAGGUCUGAUUAAUUUGUUGUUGCUAAAACUAAAGUGAUAAUUACUGAUGGUUCCACUUAUGUAGAAACCCCAUAUUUGUUCAAAACCAAAAUAAUACUAUUUACCCUUAAAAGAGCUACAAUUUUUACUGAAUUAUUAGAUAAUAAACUUCCUUAAUGAUUUUUACUAUAAGAGGAAAUCUAACCAUUAUGGAUUCUUUCCCUCCCCACUACUACUACGUCACUUUUUCCACCAUUUUGUUGAAACUUAAUAUUAGAGUUAAGUAAGGAAAGUUUAGUUCAAUGAAAUUCCAUACAUUGAUGUUUCGAAGACAGAAGUUCUUUAUUUCUAAUCAUGAACAUUAAUUCAAACGGAAAUCAUCACUGCACUUCAUUCUGAAGACACUACGAUUUUGUAUAAUUCAACUUCAAGAUGGAUAUUGCAGUAACCAGCAGUAUAGCCGAUAACUUAAAAUUGUCGACCACAGAUGUCACAAAUGCUGAAACUAUGCUUCAAACAGAUGGAUUGUCUAUUUUAUCAUCUGAAAAUGCAACUUCUGCCAUUUCAGAUCCAUCUGCUCCUCAGUUUUUCAAUCUUCCCAUUUUACAAGAUGGCAGUGUACCUGGAGUGGAUACUCAGCAAAGUUAUAUUUUAGCAACAAGUGCUGAUGGAAAUACAAUAUUAGUUGAAGCUUCUCAACUUGCUAUGCUCUCAGACCAAUCUAUUCCAUUGUAUGAUGGAUCAAGUUUAUUUCAAAUUGCUUCCCAAACUGGCAUUGAUCCUACUUUAGGUUUUAAUAAGGACACUGAUGAUGAGGAACUAGGAGAUACUUUGGAAAAUGUCACUGAAAAAGAACAAACAUGUCUCUCAAUGGAAAAUGAUGAUAUUUUACCUCCAGAUAGAAGAGGACAGCAUAAAUGUGCUAUAUGUCAAAUAGAAUUUGAUUCUCUUAAACAACUAUAUCGACACCUUCUGAAAGUUCAUAGUGAUGACAAACCUCAUCGAUGUUCCCAAUGUGACAUUUCUUUUAAUAAAAGAUCCAAUUUGUUGUUACAUGAAGCAAUACAUAACCCAUCAGAUCCAACAUGUCCUGAGUGUCAUAAAAAGUUUGCCAGAUUAGCAAGUUUGAAAGCCCAUUUAAUGCACCAUGAAGUGGAUGAAAAUUUGGUUUGUGUUGAAUGUGGUGACGAAUUCGGCACCCAGUUUAAACUGGAUAAACAUAUGCAAGAACAUUUGACUGAACAAGCCAUGGAUCAGACUUUCAUCUGUCGAAUUUGCUCAAAGGGAUUUCGCAAAUUAAGUUAUCUAAAAGAGCAUAUGAAAAUUCACAGUAAAUUAAAGGCAUCGCUUCACCGUAGGCAAUACAAAAGAAAUAUUGAUCGUUCAACUUUCUCUCAUAAAUGUUUUUUUUGUGGCAAACAGUUUCAGAAACCCAGUCAAUUAGUCAGGCAUAAUAGAAUUCAUACAGGAGAAAGGCCUUAUAAAUGUGAUAUGUGUGAAAGAGCAUUCAACCAAAAAGGAGCCUUACUUAUUCAUAAAAUCAAACACAGCGGAGAACGACCAUACCUUUGUGAAUUCUGUCCAGCUGCAUUUGCACAAAAAGGCAAUCUUCGGAAUCAUAUUCGGCGGGUACACACUUUAAUGACUAUGGAAAGCAAUGAAGGCAUUCACAAAUGUGAGUUGUGUACUUGUGUGUUUCGAAAGUUGGGCAGUUUGAAUGCCCAUAUGAGUAGAAGUCAUUCAGUUUCAUCUGUAGCCUUCAUAGAAUUAUCUAAAAAUAACAGUGCUGCCGCCGCUGCUGCUGCUGCUGCUGCAACUCAAAAUGUGUCUCAAGUAAUGAAUCAACUCAUGGAAAUUUCUAAAGAAAAUACAACACCAGAAAAAAAUAAAGAUAAAAUUGAAAAAAUAGCUGUAGACAACAAUGUGAAUGCUGAUAUAUUACAACAAGCUCUAGAAAAUAGUGGUUUAACCUCGAGCGAGCAACAGGCUGGAGGAUCUAAACCAUACGUUAUGACUAUGACGGAUUCAGUUACUGGCGCUCUGCGAAGACAUAUCAUGAGAAAUGUUGGUGGAGUUAGAUGGUAUCAAUGUGUUUAUUGUAGCAAGGAAUUUAAGAAACCCAGUGAUUUGGCAAGACAUAUAAGGAUCCAUACUCAUGAAAAACCAUAUAAAUGUGAUCUAUGUUACAGAGCUUUUGCUGUCAAAAGUACCCUUAAUGCCCAUAUUAAAACUCACACUGGUGCAAAAGACUAUUCAUGUGAACAUUGCAAAAAAUUGUUUUCUACCUCAGGGAGUUUAAAGGUUCAUUUGUUAUUGCACACUGGUGCCAAGCCGUUUGCUUGUGGACUGUGUAAUAAAACUUUCCGUACAUCAGGACAUAGAAAUAGUCAUUUGGCUUCUCAUCAGAAAGAAAAAAAUUUAAAACGGCUUAAAAAGUCUCUAAAAACUGGAAAUGUGACUGACAUCAGUGUUGCCAGUAUUCCCCUACAGGAACCAAUACUUAUUACAGAUGAUGGUUUGGUACAGCCAGUAUCAAAAAGCAACCCAAUGUAUUCCCAACUAGUUCAAGCUAAGCAACAGACUUCUGAAAGGCCCUAUCCUUGUGAAAUUUGCCAGAAAGGCUUCAAAAAAUCAAGCCAUUUAAAGCAGCACAUACGAUCACAUACGGGGGAGAAACCAUACAGGUGCUAUCAGUGUGAUAGAGCAUUUGUCUCUAAUGGAGUUUUAAAAGCUCACAUGAGAACUCAUACUGGUACAAAAUCUUUUGUGUGUGGUAUUUGCAAUGCAUCAUUUACCACAAAUGGCUCACUUAAAAGACACAUGUGUAUACAUAGCAAUGACAGACCAUAUAUGUGUCCCUAUUGUCAAAAAACUUUUAAAACGUCAAUGAAUUGUAAAAAACAUAUGAACACUCACCGUUAUGAACUUGCUCUUGGAAUGGCUUCAGGUGUUGCUGUUACAGUGAUAUCAGAUGGAACUUCUUCCAAUAUCCAGUUCCAUCCAGAAAAAGAUAUCACUUCAGAGAUAAAUGAAGUUCAAAGUACUUUGACAGAUGUUGUAGAUGGAGUGGAGGCUAUGCAAGAUGAUGAGAAUCAGCAGAAUAUUAUUGUAACUGAUGUUUUUCAAGUUGAUCCUAAGACAAGUACAUCGAGUUCAGUAGUUCUGACUUCAGUCAGUGAAUUUCCCCAACAUCUGAGUCAAGAAGUAUUUAAUACUCAAACAGAAGUGAUAGAAGAAGCUGAAAUUGUGCCUCAAUCUGAAGCAUUUGAACCAAGUCAAACCAACAUAUUUUCCCUGUCUGAUUCUGAUUUUUCAGGAAAUCAUCUUUCUCUACAGCCUGAAGGCGAUGAUUUCGUUACUACUAAUUCACCAAUGCCUGAAACUAUAAUUCAAUCAGAUGUUCCAAAUGUUGAACAAGUUAUUGAAUGUACAGUGGAAUCUACUCAAAAGAAGACUGAAAAAACAAAAGGAAAUGGGGCUAAAAAGAAAAAUCAGAAACGUCCUUUUAUAUGCAUGCAGUGUGAUAAGGUUUUCAAGAAAUCGAGUCACCUAAAUCAGCAUAUUCUUACUCAUACUGGAGAAAAACCAUUUCGUUGUGAGGAAUGUGGUCAAAUGUUCACUCAAGCAAAGUCUCUUACUCAACAUAAAAAUGAAAAGCAUUCAAAGGAAAAGAUGUUUAAAUGUGAUGUUUGCACUGCAACAUUUACAGCAAAAAGAGGACUUGUGCGUCACAUGGCCAUCCACGAUGUCAAUCAACCUUUUCAUUGUGCUUAUUGUAGUGAUAAAUUUGCUACGAAAGAAAUUUAUAAACAUCACUUAAAAAUAGAGCAUACAAAUGUUCUCCAACAAGAAGAAACUGGGAUUGAUAUUCGAAAUGAUGAUACAAUUAUUCAAAUUCCUGAUGAAAGUGUUGUUGAUACUUUGAAUGUGUCCGAGCUGACAGAUGCCAUGCUGCUACAAAGUGUAACUGAGAAAGAAAAAGACAAAAGUGAAUUUUUACCAAGGCAUGCACACCUAUGCCCACAAUGUUCUAAAAGCUUUAAAAAACCGAGUGAUCUUGUUCGGCAUAUGAGAAUCCACACUGGCGAGAAGCCUUUUAAAUGUGAAAGCUGUGGCAAAGCUUUUACAGUCAAAUCCACUCUGGACAGUCACAUGAAAACACAUACAGGAGAGAAAAACUUUUCAUGUCAUGUUUGCAAUUCAUUAUUUGCAACAAAAGGGAGUUUGAAAGUACACAUUCGAUUGCAUACAGGUGUUAGACCUUUCAAAUGCCCACAUUGUGACCUUUCAUUUAGAACAUCUGGCCAUCGCAAAAGUCAUAUGGCUUCCCAUUUCAAAGAGAGUUCUCGCAAGAAAAAGAAUCGCCCAGUAGAAACGCAGUCUUUUGAAGUUCCGAAAGAUCCUGUCCAAGAAGUCGAAUCUAUGCCUGUUGUUUCUCUUUCCGAAGAAGUAGUGAACAUGGUUCCACCAUCUAUACAGCUUUCAAAUGGCAGUCAAGCCAAUAUUCAAUUACAGCCUUCUACUUUAAUUAAUCCUAAUACACAAUUAACUAUUAUGGAUUCAUCCUUAAUGUCAAAAUCUUUUCAACUCGAUUCUACUUUACUUCAACAACUGCAACAACAUUUUAAUUUUAAUAUUACUAUUAGUCCAUCUCUUGCUGAUCAGCUUAAUGGUAAAACAGUUGUGGAUACUAAUCAGACUACUCAAAUUCUAAAUGUUGAUGCUAAUGCACCUGCUAAUACAGGAACGUUUACCAUUAAUCCAAAUAUGAUUAUCCACCAACUUGGUUUUACUCUUAAUCCACAACAACAAACAGAACUUCAGCCUUCAGAAAAUGUUACUUUGAUCAUACCAGAAACUGGACUGACAAAAAACAGUGGUGAUGAAGUGUUCCAUAAUCCGGGUUUGUUUGAUUCUCAGGUUUUAACAUUAGAUGGUACUGUACCAAGAAACUCGGAUUUGUUAGAUGUUAGUAAGACAUCGGCUCAGGAAAUUCUGAUCGAUACAUCGAGUGUUGUCAGCUUUGCAGAUAUUAACUCUAGUCUAAAUCAAGUGACCUGUGAGCUGGUUCAUGAAUGUGAUGUUUGUAACAAAGUAUUUAAAACUGCUGCUUCACUAGAAAAACAUUCAAAAGUCCACAAGGAAAAAUCAAAAGCUAUCUAUCAUUGUGAGACAUGCAAUAAAGACUUUAAGAAAAAGAAUCAAUUUACAAAGCAUCUUCAAAGUCAUCAGUAGAUUGUCGUAUGUUGCUUUUUGUAAAUUGAAGCCUUGUACAUAGCCUUAUUUUGCCUUGAUCUUUCUGUGAAUCCAGUACAUGGAUGCACUGGCUCAAAAGUGUCUUUAUUUUUAUAUAAAAUAUUAUCUUUGUAUAUAUAUUUGAAAUUUGACUUCAGAGUGUAUAUGAUUAUUUAUGCACACAUAAACAUAUAUAAGUAUUUAUUUAAUUGGAUAUUAAAAUUUAUUUACUUUU